ACCAUGCAUUCUCCAACUAGUUCUCCACUCCUUCAUCUUCCAAUUUAGGAGUAACUAUAUCUAUGGAGGGAUUAACAGGGCUUACUCAUCUCUUUGUAACAAUGUUUCUCGCUGGAUUCGGCGGAGUUAUUGUUAUUCCGGCCAUCACCGACGUCACCAUGGCCGCACUUUGCCCCGGUCAAGAUCAAUGCUCUCUUGCUAUUUACCUCACCGGUUUCCAACAUGCUAUGAUUGGAGUAGGGUCAGUGUUGACAACACCAUUAAUUGGGAACUUGUCUGACCGAUAUGGCAGGAAAGCUUUGAUCACACUUCCUCUCACAGUGUCUCUCAUUCCUCAAGCCAUAUUGGCAUAUAGCAGGGAUACAAAAUUCUACUAUGCAUACUAUGUGGUCAAAACUCUUGCUGCCAUUGCUGGUGAAGGCAGCUUCCAUUGCCUAGCUCUUGCUUAUGUGGCAGACAAAGUUCCAGUUGGGAAAAGAGCAUCAGCAUUUGGAAUACUUGCUGGUGUUGGAUCAGCAUCUUUUGUUGGUGGAACAUUAGCUGCUAGAUUUCUAUCCACACCUUUGACAUUUCAGGUUGCUUCAGUGUUUUCUAUGAUAGCAUUAGUGUACAUGAGAAUUUUCCUCAAGGAAAGUGCACCUAUGAGUCAACCAUUAUUGAAAGAGACAGAGGAACCAUGCAUUCAACAGUGUGAGGAUGAUAUGCCACAAAAAACAUUUAAGAAACUACCUUCAAUGGGGGAUGUAAUUUGUUUGCUCAAGUGUAGCCCUACAUUCUCACAAGCAGCAAUUGUUUUGCUCUUCAAUAGUCUUGCGGACGGCGGCUUGAUGGCAGUAUUGCUGUAUUAUUUGAAGGCGCGUUUUCAAUUCAACAAGAAUCAGUUUGCCGACUUGAUGAUGAUCUCGGGGAUCGGAGCUACUCUGACACAACUAUUUCUCAUGCCCAUAUUAGUACCUGCUGUAGGAGAGGAAAAGUUGCUCACAACAGGACUCUUUGUUUCCUGCAUAAAUAUACUGGUAUACAGUAUAGCAUGGUCAUCAUGGGUUCCUUAUGCUCUAGCAGGUUUCUCUGUUUUAGGAGUUCUUGUGCGACCAACUAUAACCAGCAUUGCAUCCAAACAAGUUGGACCAAAUGAACAGGGAAUGGUUCAAGGAUGUCUCUCAGGAAUCACUUCCGUCGCCAACAUCAUUUCUCCAUUAAUUUUCAGUCCACUGACAGCCAUAUUCCUGUCAGAAGACGCACCGUUUAAUUUUCCUGGAUUCAGCCUAAUGUGCCUUGGGCUAAUACUGAUGACAGCGUUUUUCCUUAGUCUUAUGAUUCGCCCUCCUCCUCCUAUUGUUGGUGACAAAGUUAGUAGUAACCGUUGUACAGACACCUUGGUCUGAGGUGGGAGAUACGUCUGCCUACUAUUUGCGCGCAGAUGCAGCAAACAAUGUAUUUCAUUCAUCAUUUUGCCUCUCCAAAAAUGUUGUACAUAAUCUUUGAGAGAUAAGUUGCAAAAUAAUAGAAUGAAAUAUACUUUAGGUGUAGAUUCUACUUCUACUGAAGACAUCAAUAUGGUUUUACACAUGGAGACACCAAGAACACACAUAAGCGAAUUAUAGAAAAAAGGAACAUGACUUAGUUAAGUUGACUUUGAAAAUAGUUAUCAGAUGAACCAACUGAUAAGUCACAGAAUUUUCUGCAAUUAUGAAGAAGGAAUGUGGUAAUGUAUUAUGAGCCAUAUUCUUAUUAGUUGUGUCCGAAAUCUGGUAAACUUGUAAUAUUAUUUCUUGUAUUUAUAGUCUUAGAUUUUGUUGUUUAAUCUUUUUUUUCAUAGCCCGUUUGACACUCAUAGUUAUGUACAUAAGUUAGUGAAGGAUUGUAAUUUUUAGUAUGUUUUAUGCAAUAGAUGAUUGUGUUAAGUGUUACUUGAAAUGAGCAAUGUAAUGAUUGAUUUUCAAUAUUAUUUACAGCUCUGUGAACCUAUAAAGCGCACACAACCAUGACACGCCGACGACACUAAUAACAAUUUGAAAAAAAAUGAAUAAAUUAAACGUAAUCACAAGUGUCGGUGACGGGUCGGUGCAGGUAUCCAACAUCAACACGGACACAUCUUUUUCAGAGGUGUCGGUGCUACGUAACUGAAAAGUGUUCCGUGAUAAAAUGAAGGAAGGAAACAAGGCUAAAAUGCACUAGUUCAAAAGGUUUUAAAUUAUAGUAGAACAUUCAGAGAGUGGCCAAGGAGCAAUGGCAAGCAGAAGAAAUAUUUAUGCAAAGUAUUGUACAUAAUUAAAUUCAUGAUUGUACAAUUAGGUUGCAAAGCUAUACAUACACAUAUAUACUAUACAAAGCCAUCCUCUGACAAAUUUUACCAUAAAGCAUGAAAACAUAAACAAUAUACAAGACAACUAAUCUAAAACUUCUUAACAUCAGAGGUAGAAAAUAUAUACUCCAUAAGCCGGUAAGUCACUCAUGCAACGGGGAAUAUAUCAUCAUCAUCAUCGCUGUCGCUAUCUACGUCCAUGAACCUGAACUUAAGAUCAUCCCAUCCAGGACCUUUAUAAUUAAAACUUGAAUUCAGAUAGCAAUUUGUCUCCUGAAACAAGUUCAAGUGAUCCACAAGCUUAUGGUACGCAUUGCAUCCACAGCACUG